CUAAGCUGGCUCAGUCGAGCCUGGCUGCCCUGGAUGUCAAUUUCGGUUUUGUGUUGGUUGGUUACAUUGCAAAUUUAACUGUGGUUGUUACAGUUUGGUUACUUGUAGCUCUAGAGAGCAACAGAACUUAAAUAAACGACGGGACUCUUGAUUUCACCCUGAGCCAGUUGUGAAAUAAUACGUUAUGCGCUUAAGAAAUGGUUUCCCUCUGUGGAUUGUUACUCGUUUCUGUCUACCCCCUUCUCCUCUUCUGUUCUGGGAGUCCUGUUAAAAAAUGCACCGGCAAGACCUGUCAGAAGCGACCGCCAGUCGUAUUGAUCCCGGGUGACCUGGGUAACCAGCUGGAAGCCAAGUUGGACAAGCCCAGUGUGGUGCACUACAUGUGCUCCAAGAAGACCGAGGACUACUUCACCCUCUGGCUGAAUCUGGAGCUACUCCUCCCACUUGUCAUUGACUGCUGGAUUGAUAACAUUCGACUGGUGUAUAACCACACCACCAAGAUGACAGAGUCCCCUCCAGGAGUGGAUGUGAGGGUGCCGGGUUUCGGACAGACCUUCCCCCUCGAGUAUCUUGACCCCAGCAAACGCAGCAUGGGAAUCUAUUUCUACAUGCUGGUGCAGACCAUGGUGGAGUGGGGGUACACACGGGACGAUGAUGUGCGAGGGGCUCCCUACGACUGGCGCAAAGCCCCGAAUGAAAACCAUGACUAUUUUGUAGCACUGAAGAAGAUGAUUGAGGUUAUGGCAGAGAAAUUUGGGGGUCCAGUGGUCCUGAUCGCUCACAGCAUGGGCAACAUGUACACUCUCUACUUUCUCAACCAGCAGCCGCAGGCAUGGAAGGAUCACUACGUCAAGACCUAUGUGGCCCUUGGACCACCGUGGGGGGGGGUGGCCAAAACGCUGCAUGUGCUGGCCACAGGAGACAACAACCGGAUCCCUGUGAUCAGCAAUCUAAAGAUUCGCGACCAGCAGCGGUCGGCCGUCUCUACCAACUGGCUGCUGCCCUACAACAACACCUGGCCUGCGGACCAAGUCUUGGUGAUCACUCCCAAGGCCAACUACACCCUCCAUGACUACCAGCAAUUCUACAAUGACAUCAACUUCCAAGAUGGCUGGCUGAUGCGCCAGAACACAGAGCCUCUGGUAUACAGCCUCGAGGCCCCCAGGGUGGCAGUGCACUGCCUGUAUGGGACUGGGGUUGACACUCCUGAAUCAUUCGUCUACUCUGAAUUUCCUGACAAGGACCCCAAGGUCCAGUUUGGGGAUGGGGAUGGCACAGUUAACCUGGUGAGUGCCCUGCAGUGCAGGCGCUGGAUUGGACAGCAGAAACAGACAGUCCAACUCAAGGAGCUGAGGGGCAACGAGCACAUUGCAAUGCUUUCUAACUUAACUACCAUCAGCUAUGUCAAACAGGUGCUGUUUACACCUUGAGAAGUAGGUCCUCUUUGAACUCUAGGUGUUAUCACUUGCAAAUCCAAUUACUUGCAUCAAGAAUGCCCUGUUGGCAUUGAAGUUGGUCCUGUUUGAAUCCCAAGAAUUAUGGAUUACACCCCACAGCCUUUGCUUUAACCCAGCUCACCUGGGCUUCUAUCAAACCGGUCACACCACCCUGCCAAAACUUACAAUACUCUACCAUGUGUGCCUCUCUAUUUAAGUCAAACCUUUGCAAGCCUUUUGGAAUUCCAUCUUCAUAGUCCUUAACAAAUGUUAUAGCAAUGCACUGAAUUUUGUUUAAUUUUCUAACUUGCAAAAAAAAUUGCCAGCAACUGCCAUUUAUUUAUUUUUUAAUUUAUUUAGUGUAUCCAAUUAUUUUUUUUUUUUACAUUCUCCCAAUUUGGAAUGCCCAAUCUCCAUUGAGAUACCACCACCCCCCCAUUAAGUAGGGGGAACACUAUCUAAAAUUUGAUAAAUACUUAGGGAAAAAAAAAAAAAAAAAGUCCCUUCCUCUUAUGGGAACGAGUUUAAUAGCUACAGGGCCUGAAGGAUGCUGCCCAAUGGUGACAUCAUUCUUACAUGGUCGCAAGACUCAAUCCAAUGGAGCGUGUUCAGAGAAAGCAGUUUUAGUGUUAUCAUUUUAACUGAUUCAUGUGUUUAAUGAAAGUGCUGACUUUAUUAUAUUUAGUGAAAUAUCUUUAAAAUAAUUAAUUCUAAAUAGUUGCUCCAAUUUUAGCCGGUUGCUAAAGCACACGCUAAUAUCUAUGAAUUACAGCCGCAUGGAGUAGAGGGCUUCAGUAGAAAAUGUUUUCCUAUAUAAAUCAGUUGUCUUUACAGAGUCUUUAAAUGCAUGUGUAUACAUCACGCAGUACCAGAGGAUGGAGUCCCACAUGCUGAAAUAUUAAUAUACAGCUUUUACCAGAAUCAACAGCCUCCCCUGGAGCAGCCAAGUAGAUAUUUCCACAGUAACACAGCAAGACAGUUAGCAGAAUAGAAGGUCUUGAUUGAACAUUGAUUAGAGACUCAGGUACAUUAUGUACUGACACUGUGAAAAGGGAAGACUUUUGGGUUUUGGGUAGCUGCCUCACCAUCCAAGAUCAAACUAAACUAAGAGCUAAACAAAAAAAGUAAAAACAAUUUGCAAUGUGUUCACUUACUAAUUUAGUUUUUUAAUAUAUAUGGUUUUUUUUCAAAGAUGUCGCUAUUAUUUUUAGAAUUGCAGUGGCCGAUUCCUUAAGUCACGCAUUAAACAAAUUCAGUAAAAUCAUAAUUUUAAUGUUAAUAGGUUUUCCCGUAAAUUUGUUAGCAGAAAAUACUGUGUUUUGCUUCUUGUAAUUGUAAUGUGUCCAUAUUGUCACAAUUGUAUUAAUUUAUUUAAGUGUAAAUUAUUAGAACAUUUUUAAAUCCAUUUUAAAUCAAAACAUUAGCUUUUAGGGUUAUACCCGAUGAAAGAGCCCCGAUAUAUUAAGUGCUCAAAUUAUUUUGAAAAUGAUACUGUGGGCUGUACUAGUUAUCUGUGUAUUGAAAUACCCUUGUAUGAAGAUUAAUUCAUCCUUAGCCUUUUACAAAUUCUCAGGGGAACUGAAACUGUAAGCUAACUGUCUGCCAAAAGAGCUCUUACACUUUGACAUUGUGUUCAUUUUAACUGUACUGGAUAGUGUGUAUAGGUUAGUGCAAAUCCCACAGCAACUUAUGAAUUCCUGCAUUUAAUAACUCGCUCAGAACCUCAGCCUUAUUUCACAAAGAGGAAUGCAGUAAUUCAUCAGCAAUGAUCGCUAUAAUUGGAUGUUGGUGAAUAAUCUGACUUCUAGCGCUUUAAGAAAAUUAAAGUGGCAGUCGUCCUUUUAUUAGGCUGUUUUAACUUGCCUUAUAACAAAAGCAACAAAUUUGUAUAUCUUAAAUGCUAUUCUUUUUUAUUAGAAUCGCUUUAAAUAUCGUUUUCUGUUGCAGACAUUACAACCUGGAGACUGAAAACUCAAAAGUACUUUAGUCUGUCAGUACAGCUCUCAGGCAUGUCUUCUCUAAGUUCAAUUGGUACAGCAGUGUAACCUUUCCCCCUGCAACACUCUGCCCCUAGUGGGUCUAAGAAAUACCACAUAGAACAAAGGUGGUUUCUUACAUCUACUGGGGCAGGGGGAAAGGUUAAUUGUAACACCGGUGUAUCAGUUGAACUUAUAGAAUGCAUGUUUGAGUGCAGCAUUAAGGCCACAGGGAUCCUUUUAAAAACUCAUCAGUCUAAAAGUUGAAUAAUGGUGGUGCCAUGCAUUUUUAUUUAAUUCAAGACCAGGAUGUGAUGAAUUUUAGAAAUAAAAAAAAAAAAAAAAAAAAAAUAUUUUUGUGACGCUGCAAUACUAGCUUCCUGUGAUAUUUAGAGUGGUAUGUGGGGACAUGUGUUUCUAUUCUGUAGCCAGUUGUACCUCUUGCCUUGCUGCACGUAAUAGUUAUACUCAAUAUAAUGGUUCAGUACAGAAAUGAUUUAUUUACCAGGAUGGAUGAACGAGUGACCAGUCCUGUGAACUCGCUUCAGAACGUUGUGGGAGAACUUGGGAUACAGUCCAGUGUUGUUAGGACUGGGGUGACAACAGUCAGCAUCUAAAACACUUUCACUAGAAAGGCAGCAGUUUUUGUACCUCUGUAUUUAAAAGAACACUUGCUAUACUAUGUAUCCAUUGACCCUUUCCUCUACUGGUUUUUGCACAAAGAGUUUUACACCUU